UCCCGUCCUGCACUCACCGCCUGCCCUCACGAACUGUACUUGGAGACGGAUAGGAAACCUCGCAGCAGAGCCCGAGCGCCGGCCUUCACUCCGACACAAACUGUCCUUCUUGUCCGUUUCAGAGGUGUCGCUAAAGGAUUAAUGAGCCAAAAAGGCACCGAGCUUCUCCUUUAAGGCUCAUUUCGGCGUUUUUCGGCUUUACGCCUGGACUGCCCUAACACCUUCCCUUUCAUAUUCACUCCAUUCGAGGAUACCUGUACCUCUACUGAUGGAACAGGGUCACUCCAACGUUCUCCUGCAGCCGCCCAACACCACCUAACAUUUCCUGGAAAAACGUGUCCAUUGCCUCCUCCCAACAAACAUGGACUGUUUUCCCAUGCUUUAUUUUCUGUCGAGACAUCAUGAUUCCUGGUAAUCGAAUGCUGAUGGUCAUUUUAAUAUGCCAAGUCCUGCUGGGAGAGAGUAACCAUGCUAGUCUGAUACCUGAAGAAGGGAAAAAGAAAGUACCGGGCCUGCAGGGUCGUUCGGCCGCUCAGAGCCAUGAACUGCUGCGGGACUUCGAGGCCACGCUGCUGCACAUGUUCGGCCUCAAGAGGCGGCCGCGGCCCAGCCGCUCCACCACCGUGCCCCGCUACCUGCUGGACCUCUAUCGGCUACAGUCGGGGGAGGCUGAGGAGGCUGGAGGGCAUGACAUUGCUUUUGAGUACCCAGAGAGGUCAGCCAGCCGGGCCAACACUGUGAGGGGCUUCCACCAUGAAGAGCACAUGGAGCGGGUGCAUGAGCUGGACGAUGGAGAGGCCAUGCCACUUCGCUUCCUGUUCAACCUCAGCAGCAUCCCAGAGGACGAGCUGCUCUCUUCGGCCGAACUAAGGCUCUACCGUCAUCAGAUCGAUGAGGCCAUUGCUGACACCCUCUCAGGUGAGCAGGGGCUUCACCGGAUAAACGUGUACGAGGUGCUAAAGCCCCCGCGGCCCGGGCAGCUGAUCACGCAGCUCUUGGACACACGGCUCGUGCGCCACAACGCGUCGAGCUGGGAGAGCUUCGACGUCAGCCCUGCCGUGCUGCGCUGGACUCGAGAGCGCCUCCCGAAUUACGGGCUGGCUGUGGAGGUUCUGCACCUUAACCAGACGCCGCGUCACCAGGGCCGACACGUCCGCAUCAGUCGUUCACUACACCAGGAGCCUGGUGAGGACUGGGAGCAGCUACGCCCCCUCCUGGUUACCUUUGGCCAUGACGGGAAGGGUCACCCUCUGACCCGCCGGACCAAGCGCAGCCCCAAGCAACGGGGCCGUAAACGCAACCGCAACUGCCGGCGCCACGCACUGUACGUGGACUUCAGCGAUGUAGGCUGGAAUGACUGGAUAGUGGCGCCCCCUGGUUACCAGGCUUAUUACUGCCACGGGGAAUGCCCCUUUCCUCUGGCGGACCAUCUGAACUCAACCAACCAUGCCAUUGUUCAGACACUGGUGAACUCUGUGAACAACAACAUUCCCAAGGCCUGCUGCGUGCCAACAGAGCUCAGCGCCAUCUCCAUGCUCUACCUAGACGAACAUGACAAGGUGGUCCUAAAAAACUACCAGGAAAUGGUAGUGGAGGGCUGCGGCUGCCGCUAACACACAAACUAACUAGAACUUGGACUUGGACUGGCGACUUGAAAAAAGCAACAUGGACGCUAAAACAAAUCAGAAGGUCUUUACUCCCAAAAAUGUUCACUUGGACCCUUAUUUAUAACUUUUAUG